ACGUCAUCUUCAUCUUGACUGGUCGUGAGUCGGACUCGUACUAGAUUGGUCCACAUCAUCGGAAUCGGUGGUCUUUUGCCAGUAAUGAAUAUAGAACCUCUUGGAGCUUAUCGCUCCUCUUAAAACGUGAGCUAUAGGCGUUCACUUGCGAGUCUCAUUAUAUUUUGGUGCACAUCUCAUUCUCAUCGGUCUUUGGCUUUUCUCUCGGUCGUGAUUCGCCCACUCGCGUCUCGUACUCUCUCCUGGAUCGAUUGAUUGUACUUACCUCGUCUUUUGAACUUCACCGUCAGCAUGAAUGACUACUCCAUUCUGUAUGUGUAUGACAUCAUGAUCAGGCUUGGUGUCUAUAAAUGAAUCAUCGGCAUCGUUUUCAUCGUUGAAGUUCUAGUAUUGAAAGAUUCUUAAAUGAUGGUACGGAAGAUACGCAAGUGACCUUCAAAGAAUUCUACUUAUUAUCCAAACAUAUGCCAUUUCUAUAGGAUUAGAAAGAGAAGGCAUUCUGAUCAUUCAUCUGCGUAAAGGCUUCUUGUCACGCAAACUACAAGAAUUUUUCAACUCCAACUGUAACAGUAACUACAAGUGCACAAAGAACUUCACUCUUUUCAAGAAGAGUAAAGAUGGCUCAAGAGAAAAUGGCAGCGCAGGUGGAAGCUGGGUCGCUGGAACCCAAAGCUUCGGAUCAAAUUGGCGACUCCUCCAAGGCGGUCGUCGGGGGAAAACCGGCUCCGGAUAUACAAGAAGAGAAACAUCAAGACCAAGAGGUCGUAGCGGCACCGGAACCGGGAGAAGUCGAGGAGGCCGUCAAACCGGCUGCACAACGGAGCGAAGUGGCGGGGGAAGAUGUGACUGGAAAUGUCGCUAACGCUAGUAUGGAAGCAGCUAAUGCUGUUGAGAAGGCGAAACCAACAAAAGCAGCAGAGCCUUAUGACGCCAUGAACUUUUUCAUUUGAAUUGGAUGGAUGGUCUUUGUUUUAAGUACGUCAUUUGAAGAACCGAAAGUACGUCUUACAAGUAGUACAACAGGUACUCUUUAGUUACUGUUGCAACAGGUACUCUUUAGUUGCAAGUAGUACAACUAAACAGAGUUGGAGUUCAACUCAGUGUACAGACUACUACAACAGAACUCUCUGUGUACAGACUACUACUCUCUCCUGUACAGACUACUCAGACUACUAAUACUCAACAAAGACUACAACUACUCUUUUGUUAGUACAGCUACUCUUUUGUCGUCUUUGUCUUACAAGUCGUACAACACCUACUCUUUAGUUACAAGAACUACAAGACCCCAGAAAUGAUGACAACUUUUUUAUGGGUGUUAGUACCGAAAUUGGUCCGGGGUUGAGUAUUCGUACCUCUCCUCGGCUUGUUGUAUUUCUUUUUCUUGUUCUAGGACUCUGUGUAUUAAUUAAUGAAAAGAUUGGAGAGAGAUGGUGCAGCCAUGCUUUUGUAACGUUGUUGUUGUUGAUGCUCUGAUCAUACUUACUUUCAUUCGAGCAAUGUGGAAAGUCAUCACUUCCUGUCCGAUGGAGGUCUGUGCUGCCUAUUGCUCUGUUUCUUAUAUUUCUCUAAAACGUAGAUGGAGAUGAAAUCGACACCGAGAAAAAAAAAGGAGAGGACAUCCAAGGCCAAGACGCUCAUGAUGAUUCAAAAAGCACGACCGAUCAUGGCCAAGGCGGAGUAGACAAGAGCAAUUAAGACUGACGACUGUCCUUUCACCUAAUAACUCAAGACGAGAUCUUAUCCUGUUCCUGUCAUAACAUAAUUUUAAUUUCUUUGUGGUACGUACGCUUGGAUAACCAUAAUCGUGCAGGUAUCUAUCUAUGUGCAUCUUAGGUUUCGUGCGAUGAUCAGUGUUGUCUGUCUCUCUCUUUUACAUGCUUCUUUUAUUUUACCGCUCUAAAAAUAGACAGCAAGCGAUGAUUCUGAUUCGAAGAAAGACACUGUCAGCGUCGAGAGCUCCUCGCCUGGAGACGCUUCUGCACAAACCCGCGAUGCUGAGAGCGUGAGCGGCGUCAAAGGCGAAAGUGGCCAUUAAGACUGACGAUUUUCCUUCAUCUAAAUCAAUGAGCCUCUAGGUCUAGGUCUAGCGCUUUUUCAUAGAACAGAAAUCGUCACAAAUUGAUAAACAAGUAUGUGGAGGAUCCUGAGUGUCGUAUGGGUAUGAUGAUGAUCUGUCUUAGCUGUCACACCUGGGUACGGAGCCUGGCCCUGCGUUGGGUCUUCGGCUUGUAGGACGUCUAUAUCGGCUUCAUGUAGAAGUUGUACUUCUACGUAUUCGGCAUGAUGUUCACUGCUUGUAGUAUUUGUAUUACUCUAUCUCUAAUCAAAAGCCGACGCGAAGAGCAGACUUGCGAAACACGAAACCAUUUUGCCUUUGUCUGGAAAUCCUCAAGAAUCAGAAGGCGCUUAUGACAGGCGCCAGAAUUCUGUGCUCUUCUAAAAAAGAUUCAAAUUGUACUAUUUGUAUUUUUUCGAUUUUUUGUUCUUCGCCCUUUCUGUGUUUCAAUGCAGGAUCUCGCUCCAGUAUCUUCAGUUUUGAUCUAUCACGAUAUCAAUCAUGGGUCGUCCACUCUUCUAAAACUAAACUCGAGCCGCGAGUGAGGCAGAGGCUCAGGCACAGGGCGAAAAGGUGAAGGCACCGUCAGGUGGAGGUAGGUGGACGAGCCGUCUUGGUUUUUAAGACAAGACUAUUUCUUUCCUCUGGACUGCUGCAUGACUUCUUAAUCAAAAGACAUAAUCAAGGACGAGAGGCUUGAGCUACUUUUUCGAUUUUUUCAUCCAUAGCAAUAGAUCGAUGCAACGUUUUCUUCUUGAGCUCGAACAUGUUACUCAGUCCGUCGAUCUCGAAGUCAUUUUUCUCCAUAUGAUCUGGGUAGUUUGUUGGGACCACUUUUUACAUCAAGUUGAUUUUGUAUGUUGAUGUUCAACUCCAACAAACAAAGGAUUUCUUCUUUGAAGUAGAUUAUAUACAAUCAUGCGGAAGUAGAUGCGACUCCUAUCUGACGACACCAGCUACAAGGUGCGCUUAUGCUAUUUCUUUGUGUCUACUUAUAUCACUCUAACAAAAGGGGAGCAUGUUCAGUGGUCGCCGUAGGGGGUCAGCUGGGGCCGCUGCAGCUUCCGGUACUGGAAGCGCUGUAGAACAUUAAGACAACAAAUGUUCUCUCCUUUGAACAAUCAUUUGUCCUUCACCCUUUUUGUGUUUCAACGAAGGAGCUCGCCGGUGUUUCUCCUGCUCAGCUUGUAGUACUUCUAUGCGUCUAGUACUAGUGCUCCACCCUUCGAUUUCGAAUGAGUAAAAGGAUUCGAGGAACAAAACAAAGCACAACCAUUUUUCUUCUCCUUGUGUCUCUUUUGUGUUUGAUUUUCCAGCAUCCAAUGAAUUAGAGCCUCGACCUUUUGCCAGGCACGUCAAUCGAUCAGUCAAUCAAUCAGUCGCUGUUGAUGAUCUGGCCAUACUUACUCCCAAUCGAGCAGUGCCGAAACCCUUCACUUACACUGCUUCCGAUGGUCUGUGCUGGCUGUUUCUCCGCUUCUUUUAUUUCUCUAAAACGAGGCAAAAACUGCAGAGUCUGCCGGUGAUAAAGGACCUGCAAGUGAGGCAACUGCGAAAGGGGUUAAGGCUGAGAGCGGGGAAAAAAAACAUUAUGCUGAUGACGCCAGAAAUUUAUUUUUCAUCUAACUUACAAGUUGGAUUCAUUUCGGUUUUUUUAUUAGAUUUAGAAGUAACGUUCGCUUUUUUUAUUAGAAGUAACUGCUCAUCUAACCACAAGUACUAUUUUUUGCAAGAUUUGGUUGGAAGAUGAAGAAGCUCUUCUUGUUGAUCUUGACUAUCUACUUCAAGAACAAUAGAGUUAGUAGCUUCUCUUCAUACAUAAAUAUACAAUUUUGUGCAAGAUCCAGUUGGUCUCUUAGUCGUGCUUUGUGCCUCUCCUCGACUUGUAGUAAGUACUUCAUCUUCCAUCACAAGGUGUCACUAGAAGGAAAAAAGAAAAUCGUGGAAAGUUCCCACUUGAUUCUGUAGUUGCUUGGCUGCCUGUUCUCACCACGUUUUCUGCUUUUACCACUCUAAAUAACGGGGUGGAGGUCGAGCAUGGGGAGUUUUAUUAAACGUUUUUUACCCGGACGGGGAACGGAUGUCGGCCAAGCGGAUGGUGCUACUGGAGAUAAAGCCGGUGAGCAUUAAGGCACCAGACGAUUUCCUUUCAUGUAAUUCUAGACGAGAUUAGUACUCUACUUUUUUCAUAUUUAUGGAUGUUGCUCUAUAUCUCUCAUGCAUGUUGUAUUUGUGAUGGUUCUACUUGUUUUUUUUUUUCUACAAGUUGUUUGUCAAGUUCACGUUGUUACCUCACGUAGAAGUGCCUACUGUGAUAUUUAUAAUUUGUGCAUGCUAUGGUUAUGGAUAAAUAAUCGUGAAAAUAUGUGCUGUAAUGUAUCUCGAUUUUCGUUCGAUGAUCUGUGUCCCUCUCGACGUGCUCCUUUUUAGGAAAAAAGAUCGAGAAUGAAGGUUCUCUCCUUUGAAUCAUCCGUCCGUCACCCUUUUUGUGUUUCACGGCAGGAACUCACUCCAGUAUCUUUAGUUUUUAUCUAUUAAUUAGUAUCAAUUGAUCAUGGAUCGUCCACUCGUCUAAACUCGAGCCGCGAUUGGGCCACAGACAGAGGGAGACGAGGCUAAUUCUGAUAUGGAGGCCGACAAAGAUGGUGCGAGCGGGGGAAACAAAGAAAAACCUUAUGACGCCAGAAACUAUUUUUUCAGCUACUUCGGUCGGUCUUUCAAUUAUAAAUAUUCAAUCUUGCCCAGUGAUGUGUGUUGUUGGCUGUCACACCUGGUCGGCAGGGAACCUGGCACUGGACUGAUUAUUCGCGCCUCUCUUCACCAUGUAGUACUAGUACUUCAACCACCACUCAAAUAUGAGAGAACAGCGAAGGGGAGAACAAUCGCUCCAUGAAGUAUUUAGAAAAAAACCAGACGAGGAACAAGGUUCCACUGAGUACUUAGGCAGUAGUCCUCGCGUUAGAAAAUUGAUGAUAUAGGAGGUGGAAGGAACCAGGUAACACAGACAGACAGUGUGUACACCACUACUACCACUUGAGAGUACUUUUUUUUAGGGGUCGUUAGUACUAGUUGAUAUUUGAAUUGGUAUUCGCUGUCACCCUCUGCUUCGUUUCUUACUCUAAAACAGAACCAAAACCAAGGAGUCGGAUCCUCAAAAAAAAAAUCCAGCCUAUCCUGGUAGUGAUGAGGAAGACGAAGCAGGAGGUAUUCGAAAUCAAAGUGACUGGUGUAUAGUGGUGUUAUUUGAGGAAAAUAGAAAUGCUAUGCUUUGUAAGCUAAUCUUGCUUCUAUUGUUCAACUUCAUCUUGAAAAGAUGGAAAAGAACUACGGUUGCUCGAUCUACAAAAUCAUUUUUAGGAAUCUUGCUGCUUCAGGUUAAGCUUAGAGCACGACAGGUGCUUAUAUUUAUUUUAUAUAUAAGACCCAAACAAAAAAAUAGAUCCUGCAGCAACACCAGAGGAAACUUCAUCCGGUCAAGCAUCAGAAGAUACACCGCCACGGCCAGUUGAUGGCGUGAUUAAGGCUCUUCAGUUGAUGUUUUGACUGUUGUAUACUACUCGGCUUGAUGUGUCGUGAUACUAGAUCCAGUUACCGAACUACUGCAAUCCUAGAAAUAGAAAAGGAGACACCUUAUAAAUAUGUCCAUACAUACCAAUAUAUUAGGAUUCUACAUGUACGGUAGUCGUGCUAGGAAUAUCUGUCUUCAUAGAGUUACUUCCUCGUCUAAAUUUCUUGAAAAAAGCGCCGAGAAAGAGGCUGGCCAAGACUCAAACAACAAGGAAGGUGGUUGCGCCACUUUUAAGGCUAAUUACUUAAUAGUAUGCCUACGCCCACAUCAUCGUAAAAAAUUAACGCUGCAACUAAGUAGUUGUGGCGUGAAUAUCGAACACAACAAGUAUCCACAAACAAAUAAGGGGGCACAUUAUCAAUCAAUGAGGUGUUUGCCUUUUCUAGCUAGGUCUCUCUGCUCCACCACAAUCAAUGAGCAUUUUUAUGGAACUAGUGCCAUUUCAUUGUAGAGAAAUCCGAACCUUCUCACUACCGCUACAACUAUAAUGACGAAACCAGAGUAGUAGAAAAGUACUUGACUGACGUUGAUACUCUUUUCCACCUUACUUUCUCUGGUUUUUGUUUUUUUCUAUGUCCAGUUGUUAAUUAGGCGCUAACAACUGUAGUAAGACAAAAAGCUCGUUUCUCGCCAAGGAUGAGGAUGCCACCACGACCACUACGAAAAAUGGAGGUACUUCAUCUAAGGGCUGCUCAAUAAGCGCUUGGAUCAUCAUCAAUUAUUUUAAUACUCGUCCUUGUUUUAUUGUACUAAGUAGAGACUAUAGUUAUCCUCGGGCCUGGGAAAUCUUAGGCAGCUCGCCGAAUAGAUUCAAUUCAUCAUAGUUAUCCUCGAACUCGCACUCGGAGACCUCCUGGCUCAUAGACAUCAUAGCGAGUAGACCUAUAGUACCUUUGCUUCAUAUACUAUUAGUUAGUAGAAGCAAGUUACUUAGUACCUCUCGUCGUAUGAUUGUAGCUGUACUCGAACUCGAAGACCUCAAUGAUCUGUAGCUGUACUCGAACUCUGUAGCUGUACUCGAAGACUUGCUUGUUUCCUCUCCUUCUUCAGGUGUGCCUGCAGUGAAGACCGAUCUUCGAGGAGCGCCAAUUUUGAAGGAGGGAAACCACUUGAGAGAGCGCCAAUUGGGAGGGCAGGAAUCUUCUACCCCGUCUGGUCAUACCGAGCAUUUUUUGAGAGGAACGAAUGGACCCAAGAACCUUAAGGAGGCUUAAUAAAUCCUAUAGUUGAGAAGUCAUCUGGAUCUAUAAGACGGGUUAGAUUAGCUGUUGCUGGCCGUCCUCUGGGAAAAACAAAAAGUCCGAGGUCGUACGUACCUUUGCAUACGCAUACCAUGCUGAUGAGUUGGUAGACAGUCAUAGUUCUUCUUGUCUGUUGAAAGAUGAAUAAAACGGCUAAAGAACACGUCUGCAGCUCUAAUGUCCAGAAAACGAGCAGUACCAUCAAGAAGCGGAGCGACCGUAAAAAUUAAGAAAAAGAUACUAGGUCUUCGUCUAACAAGGUCCCUGCGGCUUCCGUCACUCAUCUCAUAGUUGUCAUACUGCUUCACUCGAAAAAUCAUCAAUUAAAUCUAAACUACUAGGUUGGACAAGGAGCAGUCCCUGCGUACUCCCUCUCCUAAAUAACUAGUAUGCUCAGUCCUUCAUCCUCUCAGACAUGUUUAUACUUUAGAAAGAAAGUACAAGUAGUAAACUGAUACGUCGUCGGAACAACAUGCAACACAAAACUGAUUUUGAGUUGUUCACGGUAAAAUACUUCAUCAACAUCAUUGAUUUUAACAAACAAUACAUAGAAGGCUAUUAUGUACAGAAGAUUGACAGAACUGCAAAGUGAUCCAAUCGGCGAGCUCUAAAAUGAUAUCGAUUCCACUGGAAACAAGAACUACAACAACAACAACAACAACAACAACAACAACAAACAAGAGGUGCCGCCAGUGGAGCUCCUUUUGGGUUUUCCUGCUGCUGCCGCACUUUUCUUACGGCUUUCCUGUACUUAUCUAAGGUUUUUGUGUCUGGAGUUAUCUUAAGGUGCAAAGAAAGAGAAAAUUCGCACCAUUAUCCACCAUGCAUGGUUCAUCUUAUUCUACUUGCAAAAGAGAAACAAGAAUUCUCAAGGACGACUCCCAAGAAUCGGUAUCAACAAUCAUGACUCUCUCUAAUGAUGGUCGUUUUGUUCGUGUUGGGGACUUUGGCUGUCCUUGUCUACGUAAAAAACGACCGCCGCUUGUCGGCUUACCGCCAACCACGUAAUGCGGAUUUGGAUACUGCGACCCUCCAAGAGCAAGAAGAAAAGCUUAUGUCAUAGACCAUAGAACAGGAACCAAUUAUAGAGUACUCAACUAGACUAACGCAACUACAAUUUAUUGUUCACUUUCAUCUCUAGCGCUAGUGCUAGCGCUAGAGCUAGGGCUCGAGCUAGUGCUAGAGCAAGCAUACCAAAUAAUGGGACACCACGAUAGAUCCUUCUUGUAGAACGAGAAGAACUUGAUAUUACAACAAGCAACGUUGAACGCUGGUCUCUCUAAUAAACCGAAGACCUCCAAAAAGCGGAGCGGAUUUAUGCGCUGGCUGUGUCCUUCGCGGACAAUAGUCCUUGCGGAUAGGGUCGUUGCCGAUAAGGUUGAUGCCGAUGAUACGGCGCACGUCGAAGCAAGUUUCUUGUUAUCAUGACCUAAACAAAUAUAAUGAAGAUCUAGAUCAUCUAGAACUAGACUAUGACUAGUAUAAGUAUAAUGAAGAUCAUCUAGAUUAUGAUGGUGAUAUCAAUAUCACGUUGCUCAAAGGAAUCUAACGUUUUCGGUCUUCCUCCGUCAAAGUCACUAUAUCACGUUGCCUAGCAUGAAAAAUAAACUGAUGUUGACAUCAUUUAGCAUAUAUGUUGAUUAGGAUUAGAUUCAAGAUCUUCACAAUGGAUAUUUGUCAUAAUAUCUUCAACGAACUGGUGCCAAAUCCAAAUGGUUGUGCAAUAUUGCAGAUGUAGUUGGUGAACGGAAGUUGCAUAUGUAGUUGAAACAAGUAGUAGAACUAGAAAUUAUUAUUCAUCCUCUGGAGCAACACGAUUCAGCAAUAAUCGAUGACGAGAACGAAAUAUUUACAUACUUACAACUCCAAGCUCGAAGAGAGUUAUGAAACGAACUAGCCAAAGCUCGGGAGCCUCCUCUUGUUCGGUCUAUGAUUCAUGACGAGAACAAAGUACGACAAUGAGAAAAUUAUCGAGCAUCAUCAACGAACGCAUAUUAGUUAGUACACAGAUUAGGUUUGAUAGAAAUAGAAUUAGAAAAAGAUUGGUGUAAGUGCAAUCACACUCAACAUGAUUAGGAUGUCAACAAUUUCAAACAGUAAGCACGUUAGUUGUACGCAUUCUUAUUCUACAAAACAAGAAGAUCAAGACCAUUACUGUUACUCCAUAAAAAAUUGAAGAUUAUUUAUUCGUAACGACUUCGCCAUGAAAAAAAAAUAUCAGAUUGUUGAAAAAAACCUACUGCUACUAAGAUGAAGAACUGUAUGAAUUAUUCAUAAUCUCCGCAUAUCGAAUCGAAAAAUAUAAUCAUCUUCGGUGAAAAAUGCUAGAGCUCCAAGGAUAGGAAUACACCAACGCUCUAUUUUCCGAUAUCAUUAUCUAUCAUGAUGUACUUGUACACACACAUUAUCAUUAAUAUGUAGGCUGCAGGGUUACGUGAUCUCUUCUAAAAGAAACGGGAAAAUAACGAAAAUUGAUCUUCAUAUUAUCGUAGAAAACGGGAAGACAACAUCUUGUACAGGGUAAAUGUUGUCAGCUCUUCAAUAACGACAAGGCUUCGAUGAGGCUUCCUUGGAGAUCGACGAU